ACCCGAGCCCACCCGAGUGCGCCCGAGCCCGAGGCCCCCGCCCGGGGCGAUGGAACCCGAGCCCGGCGGGGCGGCCGCUGCGCUCCUGCGGCAGAAGAGGGCAGCGCUGCGGCGCAGGGGGUGCAGCUUCGAGAGCCCCAGUGCCUUUCCCAACUCCCUCUACUUCAGCACAGCACUUCAGCCUCCAGGGCCACCGAUGGAUCCGCUGAUGAAGGGGUCUUGUGGAAGUCAGAUGGCACAAACCCUUCUAUGGAAAGCAAAGUCUUCCCUCUCCUUUGGCAUCCAGCCCCUUCAGACUUGGCCAACGAAAGAUCCUGAACUAGAGUCCCAGGUCAACCUCUCUGUCUCGGAAGACCUAGGCUGUAGACGUGGGGAUUUCAGUAGGAAACAUUAUGGAUCUGUGGAGCUGCUUAUUUCCAGUGAUGCUGAUGGAGCCAUCCAAAGAGCUGGAAGAUUCCGAGUGGAAAAUGGCUCUUCAGAAGAGAGUGCAACUGCUCUGCCAGGUACUUGGCGAAGAACAGACGUGCACUUAGAGAACCCGGAAUACCACACCAGAUGGUAUUUCAAAUAUUUUUUAGGACAAGUCCAUCAGAAUUACAUUGGAAAUGAUACAGAGAAGAGCCCCUUCUUCUUGUCUGUGACUCUUUCUGACCAGAACAAUCAGCGUGUCCCUCAAUACCGUGCAAUUCUUUGGCGGAAAACAGGUACCCAGAAAAUAUGCCUUCCCUACAGUCCAACAAAAACCCUCUCUGUGAAGUCCAUCUUAAGUGCCAUGAAUCUGGACAAAUUUGAGAAAGGUCCCAGAGAAAUUUUUCAUCCUGAAAUACAGAAGGACUUACUGGUUCUUGAAGAACAAGAGACAGGCACCCCCAUGAAAGAGCAUGGCACCACAAAUUGUCAUAUACGUGGAGAAAGUGAGAGAUGUGUAGGAAACACGUGGAGUCAUGGAAUCAUGGAGGGCUCUGUCAAUUUCAAGUUUGGGGUUCUUUUUGCCAAAGACGGGCAGCUCACUGAUGAUGAAAUGUUCAGCAAUGAAAUCGGAAGUGAGGCUUUUCAAAAAUUUUUAAAUCUCCUGGGUGACACAAUCACUCUAAAGGGCUGGUCAGGCUACCGUGGUGGACUGGACACCAAAAAUGAUACCACAGGGAUACAUUCUGUUUAUACUGUGUACCAAGGACAUGAGAUCAUGUUUCAUGUUUCCACCAUGUUGCCAUAUUCCAAAGAAAACAAACAGCAGGUGGAAAGGAAGCGCCACAUUGGAAAUGAUAUCGUGACUAUUGUGUUCCAGGAAGGAGAGGAAUCUUCUCCUGCCUUUAAGCCUUCCAUGAUCCGCUCCCAUUUUACACAUAUUUUUGCCUUAGUGAGGUAUGAUCAACAAAACGACAAUUACAGGCUGAAAAUAUUUUCAGAAGAAAGUGUACCACUCUUUGGCCCACCCUUGCCAUCCCCACCAGUGUUUACAGACCACCAGGAAUUCAGGGACUUUUUGCUAGUGAAAUUAAUUAAUGGUGAAAAAGCCACUUUGGAAACCCCAACAUUUGCUCAGAAACGUCGGCGUACUCUGGAUAUGUUGAUUCGAUCUUUGUACCAGGAUCUGAUGCCAGAUUUGCAUAAGAACAUGCUUAAUAGACGAUCUUUUAGUGAUGUCUUACCAGAAUCGCCCAAGUCAGCAAGGAAGAAAGAAGAGGCCCGCCAGGCAGAGUUUGUUAGAAUAGGACAGGCAUUAAAACUGAAAUCCAUUGUGAGAGGAGAUGCUCCAUCAAGCUUGGCAGCUUCAGGGAUCUGUAAAAAAGAGCCUUGGGAGCCCCAGUGUUUCUGCAGUAAUUUCCCUCACGAAGCCGUGUGUGCAGAUCCCUGGGGCCAGGCCUUGCUGGUUUCCACUGAUGCUGGCGUCUUGCUAGUGGAUGAUGACCUUCCAUCAGUGCCAGUGUUUGACAAAACUCUGCCUGUGAAGCAGAUGCAUGUGCUUGAGACUCUGGACCUUCUGAUUCUCAGAGCAGACAAAGGAAAAGAUGCCCGCCUCUUUGUCUUCAGGCUAAGCACUGUGCAAAAGGACAUCGAGGGGGAACAGACUGUGAAAAGCAAGUAUGACUGCAGAGAAAAUAAGCUUGAGAAAACAAAAGGCUGCCACUUGUAUGCCAUUAAUACUCACCAUAGCAGAGAACUGAGGAUUGUUGUUGGAAUUCGGAAUAAACUGCUUCUGAUCACAAGGAAACAUAAGAAGCCCAGCGGGAUAACCAGCAUCUCAUUGUUAUCUCCCCUAUCGGAGUCACCUGUUGAUGAAUUCCAGUAUAUCAGGGAGAUCUGUCUGUCUGACUCUCCUGUGGUGAUGACCUUGGUGGAUGGGCCAACCGAAGAGAGUGACAAUCUCAUCUGUGUAGCUUAUCGGCACCAAUUUGAUGUGGUGAACGAGAGCACAGGAGAGGCCUUCAGGCUGCACCAUGUGGAGGCCAACAGGGUUAAUUUUGUUGCAGCUAUUGAUGUGUAUGAAGAUGGAGAAGCUGGCCUUCUAUUGUGUUACAACUACAGCUGUAUCUAUAAAAAGGUUUGCCCAUUUAAUGGUGGCUCUUUUUUGGUUCAACCCUCUGCGUCAGAUUUCCAGUUCUGUUGGAACCAAGCUCCUUAUGCCAUCGUCUGUGCGUUCCCGUAUCUCCUGGCCUUCACCACUGACUCCAUUGAGAUCCGCCUGGUGGUGAAUGGGAACCUGGUCCAUACAGCAGUUGUGCCUCAGCUUCAGCUUGUGGCCUCCAGGUCGGAUAUAUACUUCACGGCAACAGCAGCUGUGAAUGAGGUCUCAUCUGGAGGCAGCUCCAAGAGGGCCAGUGUCCACAGUUCUCCUCAGACACCCCCAGGCCGAGAUACUCCAGUAUUUCCUUCUUCCCUGGGGGAAGGUGAGAGUCAGUCAAAAAAUUUGUACAAGAUUCCACUCAGAAACCUUGUGGGCAGAAGCAUCGAGCGACCUCUGAAAUCCCCCUUGGUCUCCAAAGUCAUCACUCCACCCACUUCCAUCGGCGUUGGCAUCGCUGCCAUUCCCGUCACCCAUUCUCUGUCCCUAUCUCGCAUGGAGAUUAAAGAAAUAGCAAGCAGGACUCGCAGGGAACUGCUGGGCCUCUCUGAUGAAGGUGGACCCAGGUUGGAAGGAGCACAAAAGGCCAAAUCAAAACCCCGGAAGCGGUUAGAAGAAAGCCAAGGAGUCCCCAAGCCAGGGACAGUGAGAUCAACUAGCAGUGACAGGAUCACAUCCGGCUCCUUGGAAAGUCCUUGUACUUCAGAAGCCCAUCUCGAGGGGCGUUACCACUCUACUAGCUCUGACCCGGACCCGGUGGCAGACAGAGAGAGCAGCCCAGUCUUGGGCAGCCCCUUUCAGCUCACAGCUUCCUUGGAUGAAGACAUUAUUGACUUGAAGUAAAGAGAGUCUGAAUCUCAUUUUCCGUCUUUAGUCUUCUGAUGGAGGUUUAUACUCUUUUAACAGUUCUGAAAUCAGUCCUCAACAAAACGGAGCUUUCAGCCUGUCAGUGAUCUUUUGGACCAGACAUUCUGUACACUCGGCCAACGUGUGGGUCACUCUCCAGUGUCUGGUGCCGUCUUUCCUGACCUUUGUUGCUUUCAGUUCAGGAACCAUCAGUCCCCUUGUAAUAAAGGUGGUAGAUUUCAUUGAAGUUUUAGAUUGAAACUUUGAAUAAAUCAAAAAUGUUCAUUCUUA